GCGUCGGCCGGCGCGAGACGUCAGUCAUAUUUGAAACGCGAUACAAAGAGAACGAAGAGAGGAGUUCGGUGUUUACCGGAGUUGUUUACAGUGUAAAUAUUAUUGUGCGCAUUUACAAGUAUUAAAUUAAUAAAUAUAAUAAAAUGCCAGCAAUUGGAAUAGAUUUGGGAACGACGUAUUCGUGCGUUGGAGUGUGGCAGCAUGGAAACGUGGAGAUCAUCGCCAACGACCAAGGCAACAGGACAACACCAUCGUACGUAGCGUUCACCGACACGGAGCGGCUGAUCGGCGAUGCGGCGAAGAACCAGGUGGCCCUCAACCCCAACAACACAGUGUUCGACGCCAAACGGCUGAUAGGACGCAAAUUCGAUGACCCCAAGAUUCAGCAAGACAUGAAACAUUGGCCGUUCAAAGUUGUCAAUGAAAGCGGAAAACCCAAAAUCGAGGUGGAGUUCAAGGGUGAGAGGAAGAGGUUCGCGCCGGAGGAGAUCAGCAGCAUGGUGCUGACGAAGAUGAAGGAGACCGCGGAGGCCUACCUCGGCGGCACGGUGCGGGAAGCUGUUAUCACAGUGCCGGCUUACUUCAACGACUCGCAGCGACAGGCUACUAAGGACGCAGGCGCCAUCGCCGGCCUGAAUGUGUUGCGUAUCAUCAACGAACCCACAGCCGCCGCGCUGGCUUACGGCUUGGACAAGAACCUGAAGGGCGAGCGCAAUGUGCUGAUAUUCGACCUCGGCGGUGGUACUUUCGACGUAUCGAUCCUGACCAUUGACGAGGGAUCCUUGUUCGAAGUGAAAGCGACGGCCGGCGACACACACCUGGGAGGCGAAGACUUUGACAACAGACUGGUGAACCACCUCGCGGAUGAGUUCAAGCGCAAGUACAAGAAAGAUUUGCGAAUGAACCCGCGCGCACUGCGUCGCCUGCGUACAGCCGCCGAGCGCGCCAAGCGCACACUCUCCUCGAGCACCGAGGCCACCAUCGAGAUCGACGCGCUUUACGAAGGCAUCGACUUCUACACGCGAGUCUCCCGAGCCCGCUUCGAGGAGCUCAACUCUGACCUGUUCCGCGGUACCCUGGAACCCGUCGAGAAGGCUCUUAAGGACGCCAAGAUGGACAAGAGCCAGAUCCACGAUGUGGUGCUUGUGGGUGGAUCCACUCGCAUCCCGAAAGUGCAGAGUUUGCUGCAGAACUUCUUCUGCGGCAAGAAGCUAAACCUAUCCAUCAACCCAGACGAAGCCGUGGCGUACGGUGCCGCCGUGCAGGCCGCCAUCCUCAGCGGUGAGCAGGACUCUAAAAUACAGGACGUGUUGCUGGUGGACGUAGCGCCACUGUCGCUCGGCAUCGAGACCGCCGGUGGAGUGAUGACCAAGAUCAUCGAGCGCAACUCUAAGAUCCCGUGCAAGCAGAGCCAGACCUUCACCACGUACUCGGAUAACCAGCCAGCGGUUACUAUCCAGGUGUACGAGGGCGAGCGCGCUAUGACCAAGGAUAACAACCUGCUGGGCACGUUUGACCUAACCGGCAUCCCGCCGGCGCCGCGCGGCGUGCCGAAGAUAGAUGUCACCUUCGACCUGGACGCCAACGGCAUCCUGAACGUGUCCGCUAAAGAGAACAGCACGGGCCGCAGCAAGAAUAUCGUAAUCAAGAACGACAAGGGACGGCUGUCGCAAGCCGACAUCGACCGUAUGCUGUCUGAGGCGGAGCGCUACAGAGAAGAAGACGAAAAGCAGCGGCAGAGAGUUGCAGCCCGCAACCAGCUGGAGUCGUACGUCUUCAGCGUGAAGCAGGCGCUGGACGAGGCGGGAGACAAGUUGAGCGAGGAUGACAAGAGCACGGCGCGGCGCGAAUGCGACGACGCGCUGAAGUGGCUGGACAACAACACGCUGGCUGAGCGCGAGGAGUACGAGCACCGCCUGCAGCAGUUGCAGCGCCUCUGCUCCCCCAUCAUGACCAAGAUGCAUAGCGGCGCCGGCGGUGCACAGGGUGGUAUGCCAGGUGGCAUGCCGGGCGGUAUGCCAGGUGGAAUGCCGGGCGGUAUGCCAGGUGGAUAUCCGGGUGGUAUGCCUGGUGGAUAUCCGGGUGGCAUGUACGGAAACCAGAACAGCGGACCCACCGUGGAAGAAGUGGACUAAAGCUAAGUCAACUGCUUGACAUUCCAAAGAAAUAUUGUAAAUACUUGAACAUUCAAAUGUUAUAAUUUUAUAAGACUGAUAUUUAUUUUAGUAUUAUAAGUUCAUAAAAUAGUGGAUGAUUAUAGACGAUUAUGUUAAUUAAAUAAAAGAUAUUACAAAUUAUUCCCGGGUUUUAUUUUUUUAAACAGCCGUAAGAACAUCUCAUUGGGGGCUGUCCAAGCAUUCCCUCUUAAAAGUGCUUAAGAUAACAUUUAGAUGAAAAAUUAAUAUAUGAAAUUUUGUCUCGUCUAAUAGGUGAGAGGCAAUUUGUAUUUUGUGCAAUUUUGCUAUAACAAAUAGAACAGUCCUGGCGUACUAAAUAAAAAUAAGUCA